AUGGAGGGCCUCCUGGGCGACCCAUGCAUCCCCAUCUGCUGGACGCGCAUCUGGCGCAACUCGUAUGGCCGCCUGUUCAACGUUAACAAGGCCCACAAAGAGCGCGACCCGAGUACGGAUACAUUUCGGAAGCGGGAUUCCGUUCUAACGAUCUUCGCUCAUCAAGGCCGGAACCGACAGCAGAGCUACCAGCAGCUACUUCUGAACAUCCGGGCGAUCCUGAAGCAGAAAGACAGUCAGAAGCCUCAACUCUCGAAAUUUCAUCCUAUGGAUGUGAACUGGUUAUUCAAUUGCCGAUGCUUCCCUCGCUCAAAAGCGACGAUCAUUGGACGCUUGUAG